AGGCCGCUGCACAACCGCCCAACGAGUGGAAUAACGACGUUUGUAAUACGAACUGGCAUAAGGGUGCACAUGGACUCUUUGUGGAUUAAUAAAUGCGGCUCUGCGUGGAUGAGUUUCGCCGACCUACAUCGUUAUAUUGGAUAUAAUUUAAAUCUGGUGUCGCUCCUCAGGACUGGAACCUGGUUGCAGUGACAUGGUGUUAUUUUUUGAAUGGCAUCGGACAACUAUGGAUCAGAAGAGCAGCAGUGGAUUGCCAAUGACUGGUGAAGACACUGGUUUGGGGGCUUUGGCCUUACCACUGGUGGGGUAUUUGGGAAAAGUCAGUAGAGCUCUUGUUUUCCUCUAACAGUUGUCACUUGCGCAAAGCUGAAUUAUAUUUGAAAAAAAUACUGUGACUUUGCAGUACCAAUCCAAAACAUAAAAAGGAAAUCUUUAGUAAAAGGCGAAAGAUUUUUGGGUAGGCUUGAAGCCUAUUAUUUAUGUUUUUAUAAGAAACUGUGUACUACAUGAUUUUGUUAAAAUGAUCUAUUUAGAAAAAUAAUCUUAUCUACAAUUCAAUUAUAGACCUAUUUAAAUGUAACUUCAUGUAUACUUCAUCCCAUUAAUAACGAUGAGUGAAAACGUGAAGCCAAAAUCUAGAGUGAAAAAAGAAAAAUCACUAAAAACUGAACAUUUCUGUCAGCAGUUUUACUCUUGCUUGUAUGCGUCACCCCUGCAAGGUAAAUCAAAUACAAAAUUCUAAUUUUCUUUUGUUAGUUUAAUGCAUGUACAGAUGUGUAUAUAAAUGUGAUUGGACGAAUACAAUGAAUGCUGCUGACAGUGGUGGAGAAAGAUGCUGAAAUAUGACAGUGAAGUGGGUUCAGGAAAGAGCCGCUUCACUUGAGUAUUGUCCAUGGUGUACCUCGAAGGGCUCGACCUAUGCUCUGCGCUCUUAUCGCAUCAACCUCCAGGAGUCCAUCACACUCUGCACAAACCCACAGUGCCUUUUCCCCCUGGUCAGCCGCUCCUUGGAGGAUGUUUUGGCCAGCUUGGUUCCUGUGGAGCCCUCAGUUGGGAACAAGAGAAAAAAAGAAGGAGGAGAGUUGAUUGGACCAGUACACAAACGCCUGCGACUGAAUGAAUCCGACAGUCUUGGACCACAAAGCAUUACGGACGACCUCAUGAAAGAAGCCGGGCAAGGUGCUUUAAACUGUGUCAUUAAUGGCCAACAUGCAGCACCAAAGGCAGGCGAUGAAAGAGUUAAUGGAUAUAAGGAUUCUCCAGUUGUAGAGACACCGCUACAGGAGUCAUUACAAUAUGAAGAUGAUAUUUUGGACCAGGAACCAGAGAAUGCCACUUGUACGGAUGUUUUUGCUUCUGCUACACGUUUGACUCCAGCUGGACUCCUGCAGUGCUCAUCAGAAGCCGCGUUGACCUCUGAUGCGGCUGAGGUUGCACUUUCUCAUCAUCGUGUUUCUCCUGAUGUGUCAGAGGCCGAGGAUGACGUCUGUCAGGAGAACAGUCCUCCUGAGGCGCUGAACAGACGCUGCAGUCUGGACUCCGAUCAGUCCUCUUUUGCAAUUGAUUCAAACGGAAUCAAUACUCCAUCACCUCCGCACAAUGAACAGACAGCCAGGACUGCAAAGAAACCAUUGACUACAGACAGCAUCACAUGUAAGGACUUGGACAGCAUUAAGUCCAAAACAGAGUGUUUGUCCCCUACCAGGAUAACCACGCAGUCAGACGAGCUUGUAUCUUCUCCGAAUCAUCUUUUCUGGAAUAACUGUGACAACCUGUGUUGGCUGGACUCGAUGCUUAUUGCUUUGGUGAGCUGUAAGAGCUUGAGAAGGAGUAAACCCAAAGAUGAGCCUCAGCAGUCUUCUGUCUGGCAGCUGAUGAGAGGAUAUGAAGAUGUUUGUGCUGCCACCCAACUCCAUCAACAGACUGACAGAGAUGGUGACGUGCGGGUGCCAUAUCAUGUGCUGCAAAAGGCCAAUGCAGAACUACACACUCUCAGGAUGUCCAUCUUCAAACUGCUGCAGCCCAAGCUGCACUGCAAGCUGGGUCAGGAGGAGACUCCGGUGUUCGCCCUGCCGCUGCUCCUGAAGACGGACUGUUGGGCGGAGCCUCUCUUCCAGUCCACCUUUCACUGGGAGUUCAAGUGCAGCGAAUGCAAAACUGCCACAAAAGAAAGAGUUAUAAAAACUCUUCCCACCUUCACAAAGGUUUUACCUGAUUGGCGCCCUCUUGAUGCAGUCCACUUGGCCCCGUGCAAUGUGUGCUGCCAGAAGAACCAGAGAAGGACUUUGAUACUGGAGAGUGUGGCCCCGGUGUUUGGGCUGCACUUUGUAGAGGGACUUCCUGACAACGAUGUCAGCAUCUACACCUUCUCCUUCAAGGGGAAACGCUACUCCAUCACCACCGUCAUACAGUACAACCACCAACUGAAGCACUUUGUCACCUGGAUUUGUGAUUCCGACGGAUCCUGGUUAGAAUAUGACGACUUGAAACAUCCCGAUUGUAAGACUCACCAAAAGCUCCCGGUCCUGGCUCAGGAGAUGCACGUCGUCUUCUGGGAGGCGGAGGAGGAUAAAGAGUCUCGUACCUGUUCUCCAUCGAGCACGUUUUCUGAAUGUCCCCCAUCUGAGAAUGAGAAGAACCCCUGUCUAAGUGAAAAUGGCUCAACAGCGGACAAUGUGUUGAACUUCUCCACCGAUCAGUCUCUUCUUACGUCUCACAACGACACUGACAUAAUCUGUGCACUCUCAGCAUCUGAAGACACAACGAUCACGGCAGGAGGUGACACGUCUAUCGGUUCCACAACGCUGCUGGACGCCUUCGAGGGACUUUCCCAUGAUGACAUCAUUACACUCACCCUGGUGGAAUUAAAAGAUCAUUCAGAAAUGCCUCCUUUGAACGAGAACAAACAAACCGAGGAUGCGAGCGCUCCCAGCAGGGAUGAAACACUUGACUCUCUACCCGAUAGCUCUUCCGCUGUAAUACAAAGUGAGCUACCCUCCAUCUCCAUUUCAUCGGAUUCUGCGGACGGCUCGUUGUGUGAUCCUACAUUUGUGCCUUGUGGAAAGAGAGGACGGGGCAGAGGCAGAGCAGCUGGCAGAGGCAGAAAGGUUGGCCGAAAAACAGUUACAAAGGUAGCGGCGCCAAAAGCAGCUCCGCAAACUUCACCAACUACAUCGUCUGAGCCCUCAAAAGAAGUCAUUAGCAAACCUGAGAGAGACGCUGCUUCUCAAAACCCACCGCCUGUUGAAACUACUCAACGAGCAGCCCCCAUGUCUGCAACUGAUACGCCACAGAAAAAUCCCAAUGCCACCAUGCCCCCUCAGAACCCUCACUGGUCCUACAUGCUCAGCCCAGUCAACCAAUUUCAAAAGUCAAUUGCUAAAGUUACCCCCUCCAAAACACCCACCUCUGUCCCUCUAAGAAAGCUCCCUCCUCCCAUCCACUCAACGCCCAACCCUGUGAGGAAACAGCAGCGUCCUGUAGUGAUCUUCCCAAAACCUCAGCUCAGGACAGAGGACAGCGAUGGUCUCCCGCUAAAAGCCGCAGAAAUGUACGGUGGAUUUGGUGCGAAGAGCUCCCCAAGUCCGCUCCCAUCUUAUGCGCUUCUCAAAGGAAAAUCAAAGCUGAGUCCACCUGUUACACCCAGCAACCAGAUAUCCCUAUUGAACACUACGGUGGUGUCUGACACGCCGUUGUGUAUGCCUGGAGCAACUCGGCUACCGGAAAUUUCCUCAAAGAAGUCCUCGAAGCUUCCUCCAGGCCUCAGCGAGACAGAAGCCCUCAGGUACAAGCUGAUAAAGAAGCUAAAUGCAAAGAAGAAGAAGCUCGCUAAGCUGAAUGAGAUGUUGGGGCAUCAAGGCGGGGCCAGCCUCCGACCGGACAGUACCAUCCUGGGAUCCCCAAACACCGUCACCUCCAGCACGUACGACAGCUCCAUCUGCGACGACUUCCUCUCGGACCUGCUCUCGCCGGCAACGACCGCCAGCAACCUCUCCCCGGACAGCACGGGCUUCCUGGAGCUGCUCGCCAGCGGGCAGGUGGAGCAGAUACACUGUGGGGUCAACGCUGCUGGAGCGCUGCCUCAGAUGAACAACACAGACAACUUCCUGGAGGAGUUUCUCUCGCAGGCCGUGACUCAAUCGCCGAGUGAGAUGGAGACGGACGCCCUCAGUGAACUGUUCAUUUGACUUCUAUGAAGUUUAUAUGCUUGUUAAGUGUUGUACACCUUAAAAUACUGUCUGCAAGUUUGGCAUUGAAGUUAUUAUGUUUACAGCAGAGCUUGUUUGAGUUUUCUGUUUUGUUAAUUAGAAAAUUACUUAAAGUCUUGUGAUGAUUUUUUUUUUUAAAUGUCAUUUAAUAAAUACUUUAAUGACUUUACUGUGUUGUACAAAA